AUGACCUCCCUCUUCCCCGCCACAUCCACAAAGCACUUUUACAUUGCACACAAGAUUGUGCUGAUGCUUGUGAUGGCUUCACGUGAGACCAUUGUAGAGCAAAGACGAAAUCAGCGGGACAGCAAGCGCAAAUGCCCUGUCUGCGCACGGACAUUCUCCAAAACCGAGCACCUCGAACGUCAUGUUCGAUCGCACACCAAGGAGAAGCCUUUUGAGUGUCAGUAUUGUGGUAGGAAAUACGGACGCAAUGACUCACUGCUCAGGCACACCAAAGACCAGCAUAGGGAUGACGCACCGCCACCAUCCGCAUCGAGCAAAGAUCAGAGGAUGUUGAACCAGUCUCCUAACGACCAGCCUCUAAGCAGUACCUCGAGUCAUGAUCCGAACAUCGGAGUCUCGGUACUAGAUGGUCUCAAUGGAAUGCCCAUGACACCAUAUGAGGCUUCGCUGGAGCCCCAAAAUCCGUUCAACACAAGGUCCGCUGGACCAUCUCACUGGAGCUCCAGUCUCGGUGUCCACGACAAUCCCUCCUGGGAUAACUAUCAGACAACGUUCGGCUCUGUGAACUGGCUCUCGUACGGUAAUCUCGACGACAGUCUUCUACGUGACUGGCCUUUCCUCAUUGACGACUCGGAUCCUGGGAUAAUCAGAGUUGAUGCCGCCCACGGCAAGAGUAAGGCUAUUGCGGAUCUGCAGCAGUCGUGGCACACACACCUUGAAAAUGGUGAAACAAAUGAGGCAGGGGUGUCCGGCUACACGACUCCUUUACCAGGUCAGAGUCAGGACGUUGACGAUAACUAUCGACAAUCCCUGCAUCGCAGACUGCAAAUUCGAAUCCCAGACGAGAAUUUGCCUUCCGCCGACUUCUUGAACCUAUGUGUCAGGACCUAUUUCGAGCGCUUCCAUCCUGUCUUUCCCAUCGUUCAUGCUGCAACUUUUCGCCCUUCGAAAACGAAUGCGGUGCUAUUACUGUCGAUGUGCUCAAUCGGCAGCCUGUUCACUGGGCAUCCUGAUGCUGUUCCGAGGGGCAUCAGACUAUUUGAACGCUUAAACAAAGCGAUUCUCUCUAACUGGGAGAUGCUCAUGCGCAGAGGUCCAGAUGACACAUUCGCCAUGAUGCAAGCUGCGUUGUUAGGCCAGACCUUCGGGCUGCUGACUGGUCAAGGGAAGCAUCUGGUACUCGUUGAUACAUUCCAUGGUACUAUUGUUGCAUGGGCUCGGCGGUCGAAGAUCUUCCAUGAGUAUCAUCAACCUUUGAAUGACCAGGAUUUGGAGGCGCGAUGGCGAAAAUGGGCACAAACUGAGGAGAAAAUCCGACUUGGACUGGCUAUACGCAUUCAUGAUGCUGAAAUCGCCAGCACUCUCCACCACGAAGCCUUUUUGCCCUUGAACCCUCGAAGAAUGUCACUCGCUCAGACCGAUGCUUUGUUCUUGGCACCAAACUUCCUUGAGUGGGCGGCUCUUUCUCAAGAUGGUUCUAGCGACCUUGCCACGCCGUCCUCCGAAGUCUCUCCUGGAUCGACAAUCCCAGAAAUCCUUCAUGAGCGACUCCUUUCGAUACCUCUCAACUGCCACUUCUCGAUAUACUCGACAUUAGAAGAUGUUCUUUCGGCCAUUCUGCAAGCCAGGAUAGACGAGACGCUUACCGAAGAUUACGUUCAUAGCGUUCACGCAUGUCUUAUGGCAUUUCGAAGACAGUAUGGUCAGAAUUCUUCCGCAAGCCCAGCGGAACCACUGCGAGGUGGGAAUCUCAUUCUCUGGCAUUUCAAUUUCAUCAACCUUUAUGCCGAUAUGAAUCUGCUAGAAAAGAGUGUCGGUCGUGAUGGACCUGAGCUGAGGCCUUCGGAUCUGGCGAAAACUAUUGAGUGGGCGAGAUCGGAUGAUGCAAAGCGGAGCGUCGCCCAUGCACUCGCCAUCAAGAAGAGCCUUGAGGGGUUUCGUCUUACUUCUGAGCCUGGAAUUCAUGUUCCCCGGGCUAUGUUCUGCAGUGCAGUCUGCCUAUUUUGUCAAGCCAAAUAUGGCGAUGGAGGAAAUCAAUCACUCCCUUGCACGUUCCCCGAGCUUCAGCUCUUCGAUACCAACGUCACGUCAUCGAUAAGGACCGCUAGAGAGCCUCAGUCCACGGGUGGUGAUGGAUCCAAGUCUGUGUAUAACUUUGUUGAUCUGUUACAACGCAUUGGACAUUGGCAGAUCUCACGCAAGUUUGCGUCGAUUUUGAGUGUGUUGAUACACACAGAGACCAGUCAAUGA